UGGAGGCGGAUGCAUGCCGAGAUCAAGAUUAUGCGAAGUUCGGUUUUCCACCUGGCGGAAUUGAAGGCAUUCGAAAGGCGGCUUGCUGCCAUGGAGGCCUGUCAGGAUGCCGCCCUGGAGGAUCUGUCCUCCCAUCAGAACCAGACGGCCACCCGGCAAGAGGAGCGGUUCGCUGAUUUCUGCCGGACCAGGCGCAUGGGCAUGUCAACCGGCGAUAUUCCGGACAGCAGCAUCACUGCAUCAUCCUACUUCAGUGACCGGUGGGCGCCUGCAAAAGCCAGGUUUGGUAUCAACGGGAACUGGAUACCGAGGAGAGUAAAUGCGAAAGCGGAGUGGCUGAAGGUAGACCUGGGCCAGGAGAGCCGAGUGUAUGGCGUCAUCACCCAGGGCCGCCCGGAGAUUGACCGGUGGACGAUAACGUACAAGCUGUCCUUCAGCACGGACGGGCAGACCUGGACCACGUACGCCGGCACAGACGGCUCCGAGAAGGUACUUACGGUUACAGUUCCUGAUACAAGUAGCUAA